AUGGAGCUACAGACACAACUGGAGAGCAUGACAGAGAGGAACUGGAAUAAAGAGAAGAUGGAACUCUUGGAGCGUUUCGACAAUGAAAGGAAGGAGUGGGAAUGUCAGUGGAAGGUCAUGCAGAAGAAAAUAGAAGAGCUUUACCAGGAGGUAAAAUUAAGGCGUGAGAGCAAUAUGAAUGCCUUUGAGAAUAAAACCAUUCAUACCAAGGCACAGCAGCAGUCUCAUUCCCCCACUUUAGAAUGGAGUGACACACCAGGACUGAACUCUUGUUCACUAGACAAAGAGAGUGUGCUCACCAAGGCAGAAAAGGAAAGCAAGGAGACGAGAAACAAGAGGAGAAACCAUGUUCUUGCAAAGGAGAAUCUGGACUUUGAGAGUUACAAGGAAUCUGGAGAUUGCCCAGGCUUGAAAACAACCAAAAAUUACACUCAGGAUCUCAAUAUUGCUCUUAAAGAACUUGCCAAAGUAAGUGAAGACUUAUGCAGCUACCAAGAGGAAAUCCGUAAGAAGUCCAACCACAGAAGAAAGAAGUUGCUUCCUUUCCUGGGAGAGCCUGUAGAAAAUGAAAACAAGCUGAUUACACAAGAAGUGAACCAUGCGAGUAACAAGGACCCACAACCAGCUUCCACUGCAUUUAAAAAAGAAGAACAAAAUAACAGGAAGAAUUUGAUGGGGGGCACCGGCAGGUGCUUGAAAGAGAUGCCAUCAGUUGCUGGGGUUGAGAAAAUCACCCUUUUGCCUUGGCAAAGAAGAGAAGCUCCUCCCAUUCCUCCAAGAAGCACUUCUCGGCAUUUGGCAAGCUCUCUUGAACACAUUUCUGAAGCGUUAGCCAAAGACACAGGGCACAAGAGCAACGGUAAGACCCAGGAUUGUCUCAAUGGGAACCCAACUAUGAAUCCACCUUUUGCAAAGCAAUUGGAUGUGCCAGUGCUGCUGACAGAUGAACGGAAACCUGUUAGUGGACCUGCAGUGUCUACCACGGUGCCCGUAGAAAAAAGAGAUCCAUCCCUUGAAUGUAAGUUUCCAGCAGGAUUUUGUCACAACACGUGGUCUUGUGAUACAAGUACACUUGGGGAUUGUCCUAAGAAUGGCUCUUCCUCACACUCCGUCCAGAAGAGCUCUUCCGAUGGAAAUAUGGUGCCCCAGAAACAGCAUCCUAAAUUGCAAAGCAGUGUGCAUUAUACCAGUGACAUUUACACUCCUGUGUGUGACACCCUGGGCGAUUCUGGCUAUGGAACUGGAAAGACUCAACGAAAUGAAACACUGGAAACUAAAAUCGAUGAGUUUAACAGGACUGUGUUUCACACAGAUAAAGGGCAAAAGUGUCUGCAGAAGACCCAAAUGGUGCCAGUACCAUCUGGAGAUCCCAAACCCCAUUGCAUACUGCAGGACCUCAUGGCUAGCAGAACACAAAAGGAAGAAUCAGUGUGUCUUGCGAAUCCCAAGCUGUCUUCAAGAAAGGAAGAAAAGCCCUGUAAACCCAGCAAAAAUGUCAAACCAACUGGGCAGCAAAAGCAACAAAAUGGAUUUCUAAGUGGCUACCAGCUUAUGCUUCACGAGCACGACUGGAGGCCAAGUAAUUUGUCUGGUCGCCCACGGUCAGCUGACUCAAGAUCCAACUAUGGUGUUGUUGAAAAGCUCCUGAAAAACUAUGAAAAAUCAACCUCCUUGUGGAACUCAAAGUUUCACAAAGAGCAGUGGGUGCAAGCCGAUUCUGAAUUUGUCGAUGGCAGCUGUGAAAAAUUGGGUCAUUAUUUUGAAAUGUUCCAGGCAGACCAAGGCAAGCAGGAGCAGCAGAAGAACUCAAUCAGACAUGUUGGACUUUAUACCAAGCAUGGCAAAGAGAAGCAGAAAUUUCCUGAGGUAUCUGUGCCAGCAAAACAAUCAAAUGGUAAAGGUUUCUCUCGGCCAGCCCGGCCAGCAAACAGACGCUUACCUUCCAGAUGGGCCUCCAGGUCACCAUCAGCUCCACCUGCUGUGCGGAGAGCAGCUUUGAACGAACUCUCUUGA